AUGCCACUGCGACGAACGGCAGUGAUGAAACUGGCGUCGCUGGGCGUCAAAGCCGAAUUCAAGUUGGACAGAGUCGGCACCAAGGUGCUGCUCCGUACGAAAAAACCAUACAAGGUCGUCAUCAGAGGUCUACCGAACUUUGACCCGAAGUUGAUCGAAGCUGAAAUCAAGAACCGCUACAAGCUGGCCCCAACUGCCGUCUUCCGGAUGACAAGGAGGAACGAGAACGUCAAGAAAUAUCCGGAUUGCCUUUUCCUGGUGCAUUUCCAGAAGGGAACGGUGACGCUCAAUGCGUUGAAGGCCAUCCGCUCCAUCAAUUCCAUUAUUGUUCGAUGGAAGCCAUACCGUGGCGGCCGUCACGACGUCACCCAGUAUCAGCGUUGCCUGAAUUUCGGUGUUGUCGACGAGUCGGAAACGGCAAAAUGCGCCAAAUGUGAUGACUCUCAUCAAAGGUCCGACAAACAGUGCCCCAAGCGCGAAGAUUUCAAGCGGAUCCGAAAGCAGGCGUCCACAAGAAAUCAAUCAGGACGAAAGAAGGACAAUACGCCGGUAUUCAGAGUGGAGGACUUCCCGCCUCUUCGUGCUACGCAACACGGUCAAGCAAAUCCGCGGGUGCAACCCGGCCCUCGUCAAGAAACGUCUGCACAAAACGUCAAUCCCGAUCUCUUCUCUGCGGAUGAGCUGAUGAAGAUUUUCGUCGACAUGACCAGCGCCCUUCGUAUCUGCCGCAGCAAGCCCGAACAGAUCCAAGUGCACGAUUCUGUUUCGAUUCCUCGGUGGGUGGCGUUCUGUACGGACCUUGCUUCAAUUCAAAUUCACGGCUUUUGCGAUGCGUCCAAGAAAGCCUACGGAGCAUGUCUGUACUUCCGGAGUACCACAUUCAGCGGAUCAGUGGAAGUUCGUCUCAUCACAGCGAAAUCCAAAAGAAAGGGGAAGAAAAGGGAACAAACUACACCACGACUGGAAUUGUCAGGCGCGCUACUCCUUAGUCAUCUGUACGAGAAGAUCGUCAGCAGUACCGGUAUCCACCACACAGCUCACUUUUGGACCGAUUCUACGAUCAUGAUGUACUGGUUGUCAUCCUUGCCAUCGAGAUGGCAGAUGUUCGUGGCGAAUCGAGUGUCUGAAAUCCAGCACAUUACAAAGGGAAGUUCCUGGAAGCAUGUAGCCGGUGCAGCCAAUCUGGCCGACAUUAUCUCUCGAGGAAUGAUUCCAGCCCAGUUACAGUAUGAAAAGCUGUGGUUCGAAGGUCCUCUGUGGCUUCGCCAAGAUGCUAGUAUAUGGCCGUCGAAUGUUCCAGAAGAAGAAGUUGAUCAAGCACUCCUGGAGGAAAGAAAGAUCGUUGCUCUGCCAGCAACAUCGGACCCAGUCAGUGAAAUAUUCAGCCUUCGUUCGUCGCUCUUUAUCUUGGUCCGAUUGAUCGCAAGAAUACGCCGUUUCGUCCAUGAUACACAGCAUAGAGAUGAGAGGCGUAUUGCUUUCCUGUCGUAUCCUGAGCACGAAGAAGCAAUAGCAGUCCUGGUUCGACUGGCACAACGAGAAUCGUUUCCGAUGGAAUUCGCUGCAUUGGAGAAAGGAAAGUCUAUCAGCCCGUCGUCAAAGUUGAACAAGCUCAACCCUAUCUUCAUCGAUGGAGUAUUUAGUGUAGGAGGUCGAUUAGCAAAGGCACCAGUAUCAGCAAGUCGGAAGCAUCCGAUAAUCCUGUGUCACCGUCAUCCGUUGGCCAAGGUGGUCCUAGACUAUUAUCAUCGCAAGAACUUCCAUUCUGGGAUGCAGCUGCUUGUGUCCACAGUGCGGGAGCGAUUCUGGGUAACACGCAUCAGAAGCCUAGCCAACACUGUCAUUCAUGAAUGCGUCCAGUGCUUCCGUAACAGACCGAAGGUUUUGGAUCAGCUAAUGGCUGACCGUCCAUCCGAACGUGUAUCUCCAGUGCCACCAUUCCUGAACAUCCCUAGGAAACACUUUGUCGCAAUCUUCGUCUGCCUUGUAACGAAGGCAGUCCAUCUUGAACUGGUGAGCGAUUUGACCAGUGAAGCCUUUCUUGCUGCCUUCAAACGAUUCGUGGCACGCAGGGGAAGACCAGCCCUAGUCAUGUGCGACAAUGCCUUGAACUUUGUUGGAGCCAAGUGUCAGUUGGAUGAAUUACGGCAGUUAUUCAUGGAUCAAGGAUUCCACGAUUCUGUUGCACGCGGAGCAGUAGAGGAAGGAAUAGAGUUUUGCUUCAUUCCGGCAAGAUCUCCCAAUUUCGGCGGCUUAUGGGAAGCCGCGGUGAAAUCGUUCAAAGGGCAUUUCAAGCGCACUAUCAGCGAUAGAUUGCUCCAGCAUGACGAAAUGUCUACAGUGUUGCCACAAAUAGAAGCCAUCCUGAAUUCUCGACCGCUCACUCCGAUCAGUAACGACCCGUCGGAUUUCGAAGCGUUAACUCCUGGACACUUUCUCGUCCAGCGACCAUUAACAGCGAUUGCAGAACCUUUGUUGGAAAGUAUUCAGCACAAUCGGCUGUCUAUGUGGCAGCGAGCUCAGGACUAUGUUCAGCAAAUCUGGAAGAAGUGGUGUGUCCAGUACCUUUCCGAUCUCCACAAUAGAACAAAAUGGACCCGCAAGCGCGAUAACAUCUCCAUCGGUACCUCGAUUCUGUUGAAAGAGGACAACCUCCCGCCUCUGAAAUGGAAGCUAGGACGUGUGGUUGACAUCCAUGCUGGCUCAGAUGGAAACAUCCGCGUAGUUACUGUAAAAACGCAAAACGGUCUGUACCGAAGGGCAAUUUCCAAAAUUUGUAUCCUACCGAUACGUGACAACAACUUUGAUCUCUCUGCUUCCGAGCAAAACUAA